GGCUGCCUUCAGCACAGGAUAACGCGGUGUUCCAAAACUAUCAUGACAACAUGUCACUCUUGAGAUUGUGUGCAUAUUCAGCGGCAUUAACGCGCAGUUUUGCAGCUGAUGGGAGUCUUCGUAGUUUUCUAAAAACCGAUUGUUGUCGCAUGUGUCUUAGAAUACGGACUAACGAAGAGAGGCAAAUACAAGACAAAACAUGGGCUACAAUUUACCGAAGGCACUAUUCAGUCAUUCUUAAGAAGGAUGAUGGGAAGAAAAGAGUCUGGGAACAGUCUCAGUUGUUGGAUGUUCUGGAGGCCAGAAUCCAACAGCUGCAAUCUGAUGCCAUUGUAGACGUCAAACAUUCAAAGGUGCAAAUCAUCAAAGCGAAGCAAAGAGCAAAGAAAACAACACCUGGGAAAAGUCAGAAGAACCUGCCAGGAGAAAAAGCAGAAAUGCUUAAAAGCGGUCCGUCUGCUCAAAGAAAGAGCGUAACUGAAGGUGUCACACCUGCCAAUACUCACGCAAGUCGCUGGAUGGCGAAACUCAAUCAGGAAAUGUGGAUCAAAACCAAAACUUCUAAAAAGAUCAUCAAGAUGGGCCAAAGCAGUAAGACGAAAACUAAAGCAGAAGACUCUAAAACCACAUCAUCUGCUGCAAACACUGCGCAAAAUAAAGGAAAAGUUUUCAGAGUCUCUGAAAGACUACUGGCCAAGUUUCCAGAUCUCCAAAAAAUACACAAUGGUGAAGUUAGCUUGGUUUCAGCCAUUUCAAAAAAAGCACUGCUUAAUGAAGGAGGGCUCGAUGUAAGUGUGCCCGCUCCUGAAAAGCUACUGGUAGAUAAGGAAGGAAACCGCUAUGAAGAUCCACAUCUCCGGGUUCGGUGCUAUUUAGAGGCUUGUGUGUUUCUUGAUGAUGCGACUCGAGCUCAGAAUUGCCUGCUGUCCUGUCAUCGUCAGCUUUCCAAACGCUCACAGCUGUCUAUCAGCGCCUACAACAUUGUCCUGCGGAUUUGGGCCAAAAAAGGUUCCAUAAAUCACAUUCGUCGCCUGUUUUCUCUGAUUGAAGAAGCUGGUAUGAAACCAAACAUCACGUCUUAUUGUGCUGCUCUGGAGUGCAUGGGCCGCAUGCAAAAUUGUGAAACAGCUGUCAUUGACAGGUGUCUACAGCAGAUGGGGGAAGAUGGCCUGUCUGUGGAUGAUGUGUUGAGUCAGUGUGUGUUCAAGAAGGAUGAGAGAGAAAUGGUCCUGAGGGCCGUCCAAUUGGUAAAACCUCACUUCCAACCCUGUGUAUCCAAAACCCAGCCUGUCUGUUCUCUGCCAUUGGUGAAACAAUUUUAUGCUGAGAGGGAAGAAGCCAUAUAUCCUAAACUAGACUACAGCUUAAAAGAACUGCAGGAUCGGUUCAAUCUUCAGCUGGCUAUGGAGAAAGCCACUACAGUCACCAUUAACUCAGUGGAGGCCUUAAAGCCUGUCACCGAAAACAUGGCCCACAUGAGAGAAUUACUAGCAAAGCAGCGCAAGCACUGGGACCAAGCUCUCCUUCAGGCAUUAAAGGACAGAAAACAGAUGAUGUCCAACAACAGCCAGAAAUCCUGGAGUACCUGCAUAUACCCUUACCUGUGCAUCCUGGAUGACCAGGAAUAUGUCAACAUCAUGCUUCAGAGUUUAGACAAACUUUCGCCCAGUGGUGAAUCUUUGCUCUUCAUGGCUGAUGAGAUGGGAAACCGAGUAUACAACUUAUAUUGCAUCCGGCAGAAGAGUCACAGUCAGAUGGUGGAGAAGGUCAGGAGUAUCUACAGCUCAUAUGCUGAACUCCUUGCUAGCGACACUGAGACCAAUGGCAUGCUGCCACGUGAGUGUUGGACUAGUCUUGAGAUCGAGGAUCGCAGUGGCCCGUCUCUUUUAAGCGAUGACACGCCUUGGCCAAUGACCCUUAUGGUGCAGCUGGGAAGUUUCCUGGUAGACGUGAUGGUUCAUGAGCUCAAAGUCCAGAGCAACAUCCUCAAUCCUGCACUAGAAAAGAAGCUCAUCCCCAUCCUCUACCACAUGUACACAUUUCGCAGCAAUCAUAAGAUUGGCUUCAUCAAACCACAUCCUAUUUUCACACAAAUCCAGAGGGAGGCGACGGAGACCAAACUUACCUUUGACUCCUACGUCAUGCCCAUGCUGUGUCCACCAGUCCCCUGGACGUCCCCAAAGAGUGGUGCCUACCUGCUGACGCCUGCCAAGUUGAUGCGCACCAGCGAUGGAGCUACCCAACACCAACUUCUCCUGGAGAAGACCCGGGAGGAAGAUCUCCAUGCCGUCUUGGACUCCCUCAAUCAAGUGGGCAGCUGUCCCUGGAAGAUCAACAAGCCACUGUUGGACAUCAUCAUCUCAAUCUUCAAUGACAAAGGCAGCGACAAGCUUUCAAUCCCUCCACCGCUAUCCGAAGCUCCCGAAAUUCCUCGCUUCAACCCUCACGACCCGUCCUACACCCAGGUGGAGAAGGCCUUUAUGAAGCGGGAGGGUAUCAAAGCCAAGAAGGUGGUAGCGGAGAUGCACAGCCUCCGAAUGGACGCGCUGUAUAAGCUGUCCAUUGCCAACCAUGUGAGGGACAAGAUCUUUUGGUUUCCGCAUAAUAUGGACUUCAGGGGUCGUACUUACCCGUUGCCGCCUUAUUUUAACCAUCUUGGGAGUGACGUGACCAGGGCCUUGCUGCUGUUUGCUGAGGGAAGACCACUUGGUCCCAAAGGCCUCGAAUGGUUGAAGAUCCACUUGGUGAACCUCACAGGGUUGAAGAAGCAGAGCUCACUGGAUGGGAGAUUGGAGUAUGCUGAGAGUAUCAUGGAGGACAUCCUGGACUCGGCAGACCAUCCUCUUGAUGGUCGCAAAUGGUGGAUGAAUGCAGAUGAGCCGUGGCAGGCCCUGGCUUGCUGCAUGGAGAUAGCAAAUGCCUCACGCUCACCCGACCAUCACAAAUUCAUCUCCUAUUUCCCUGUACAUCAGGACGGAUCAUGUAAUGGCCUCCAGCACUAUGCUGCCCUCGGGCGGGACGUGAUCGGUGCUACCUCAGUGAACCUCAUGCCCUGUGCUCUACCUCAGGAUGUGUACAGUGUGGUGGCUCAGCAGGUGGAAGAGUUCAGAGUCCGGGAUGCAGAGAGGGGUCUGAAGAUUGCGCAGGUGCUGCAGGGCUUCAUCAGCAGGAAGGUGGUGAAGCAGACGGUCAUGACGGUGGUCUACGGCGUCACUCGCUACGGGGGACGGUUGCAAAUCGAAAAGCGGCUGAAGGAAAUCGAUGAUUUUCCUAGGGACUAUGUCUGGGAUGCUUCACAUUACCUGGUGGUUCAGGUUUUCAACAGCUUAAAGGAAAUGUUCACUGGAACGCGGGAGAUUCAGGAAUGGCUGACUGAGAGUGCUAGGCUAAUUGCCAAAUCUGGACGGACAGUGGAAUGGGUAACACCGUUGGGACUUCCUAUAGUUCAGCCAUAUCACCGAAUCAGGAAUCAUAUUCUCAAGGGCAACAUGCAGAACCUGAACAUCCAUAUAAGUCAUGACGCCACAGAGAAACCAGACAGUAUGAAGCAGAAGAAUGCCUUCCCUCCUAACUUUAUCCACUCUCUGGACUCCACUCAUAUGAUGCUGACUUCACUGCAUUGCCACAGGGCUGGCCUCACAUUUGUGUCCGUCCAUGACUGUUACUGGACACAUGCAGUGACAGUAGACAUCAUGAACAAGGUGUGCCGUGAACAGUUUGUGGCUCUGCAUAGUCAGCCUAUUCUAGAGGAGCUGUCCUGGUUUCUCCUGCAGAAAUAUAGCAGAAGACCUCCCAUUGGCUCCAAACCAAAGAAGUUACAGGAAUACUACACACUAAUGAAAGUGUUGUCCAGUGUUCCUCAAACAGGUGAUUUUGACCUUGAAAAGGUGAAAGAUUCAGUAUAUUUCUUCAGCUGAGAAGCAUAUUGUCAACCAAUGGACAGUUUUCAUCAGGAGGCCGAGAGCCUGAACAGACCUCAUCAAAACCCACUGCUGCUUUAUACAACACUGAAAGAGUGCGUGACUGAGACCUGCUUGAUCUGAUUGAAGAGUGAGUGAGUGUGUGUGUGUGUGUCUGUCUGUCCUGUCACAUUAUCAUAAAGACAUCACUUAAGCACUGAAGCAGAGUUCUGACGGAGGAGAACAGCAGGAGUCGCCCUCGUGUAUAAGCGCAAAUGUGGUUUUUUCCCGAAUGAAUCUCUAGCGGUUUCUCUACGGGACUCUGAUCCGCUUCUUCUUCGAGUGCUAACGCCGAGCUGAUUAACCACAUGAUUCUGGCUCUCAUCGAUUUCAAGGCAGCCCCGUCUGAAAGCUCCACGCUGGCAUUUCCACUUGGAUAUGAUUUACUCACCGCUGCUGAAGAAACGUGACGAUAAAUACCAUAAUAGCACUUGUAGGAGUGACUUUAUUGACGUUGACCUUGCGGUGUCCUUUAUUUUGAAGGACGUCAGGGCGCUUAAAAGUCAUUCAGGUGCUUGUUGGACAUUGUGCUCAUGGAAUUCGCAGAGAAAUAAAGUCAAUAUUUUUUCA